CUGAGCACUUUGUCUCAGUGUUACUCUUACGGGGUUCUCCCAUUUCUCUCCAAUUUAGACAUAAGAGAGAAAAAGGGUCCAACCCUCUAAAAACCCUCCUUCUCUCUUCUCCAAACACCUCUGUUUUAGGGUUUCUUUCUCUUGUUCCACUCAACUCCAUCCUUCUCUUUCCAAAUCCUUUCUUUUGGGUGUGAAACAAGGGCUUCAAAUUUUAAAUUUACAUUAGCGGUGAGGCAGUUUGGUGAGUUUUCAAUAUUUUAUUUAUAUAUUCUUUUCUCCUUCUCAUUAUUUUUCUAGCAUUCCUUUGGCUUUUACUUGGAGAUAUUGUCAUUUUAUUAUCGAUUAAAGAGGUCGGUUCUGUUGUUUGUGACACUUCUGGUUGUUGCUGCUUAUACUUUUUGCAAAUCUGGGGUCAAGAGUUUUGGGGGUUUGUUUGUUUUUGCAUUGUUGGAGUUACACUGAUUUUGGAAUUUUGAAGGGUAUGGUUUAAGUUUUUGUUAUUUUGAUCUGUGGAAUGUCAAAAGUGGUUUUUGGAGAAAUCCCAUUUGAAAAAUGGCUCGGAUUCGACAUCAAAUCUUUCAAAAUGAUGGGUUUUUUAGCUACCCUCCUCCUUUAGCGGCUUCUUCUUCAACCCCUUUUGAUGGAAUUUACAAUAAGGAACCAAACCCACCUGCAGUUCCAUCUCCAUCCUCGUCUGGUACGAGGAUAAGUCCAGCAGUUCUUUUUAUCAUAGUUAUUUUGGCUGUUUUGUUUUUCAUUUCUGGUCUGCUUCAUCUUCUUGUUAGAUUCCUUAUAAAACACCCAUCUUCUUCAGCUUCUUCUCAAUCUAAUAGAAACCCAGAACUUUCACCUUCUGAUGCACUUCAGAGACAGCUGCAGCAGCUCUUUCAUCUUCAUGAUUCUGGUUUAGAUCAAGCUUUUAUAGAUGCACUUCCUGUGUUUCAGUAUAAAGAAAUUGUGGGUCUCAAGGAGCCAUUUGAUUGUGCUGUUUGUUUGUGUGAGUUUUCUGAGAAGGACCAACUCAGAUUACUUCCUAUGUGUAGCCAUGCCUUCCAUGUCAAUUGUAUAGACACUUGGCUCUUGUCGAAUUCGACGUGUCCUCUUUGUCGUGGAACACUCUUUAAUCCUGGUUUUUCGAUUGAAAAUCCAAUGUACGAUUUUGACGAUCUGGGUGAAGAAGAUGAAUGCGCUGGUAAUGCAGAACACAGGUUACCUAAUUGUCAGAAAACAAUGGAAAUUCAAGAGGUAGUGAAUGAGAAAGGGGUUUUCCCAGUGAGACUAGGGAAAUUCAGAAGGAUGGAUGCAGCGGAGGUGGUAGAGACUGAAGUUGGUGAGACCAGUAGUAGUAAUUUGGAUGCUAGGAGAUGUUAUUCGAUGGGAUCGUAUCAAUAUGUUGUUAUAGACGCUGACCUCAGAAUUGCGUUGUCUAAAGCUCGAGGAGAGGGUGAUAAUAAACAGCCCUCAAAAGAGGCGGAAUCAAACAGCAUCUCUCCAGUCCAAGCAGAUUUGGAUGGAAAGAAGCUUAGUAGUGUAGCUAAAGGAGAGAGUUACUCUGUUUCGAAGAUCUGGCUUUGGUCUAAAAAGGGGAAGUUCUCAGGUUCUACUGAACCGCAGAUUGGUAUGCCUUCUUCUCUAAAUACAGACUUGCCGCCAUGGUUGAGGCAAACACAAGGGCCAUGAUAAAAAUGGCCUCAAAACUGUUUUUUUUUUCUCUUUUUCUUUUAGUUGAAAAUGAUCCUUAUCAAUGUUUGUUGUAUCUAUUUAGAUUUUUGUCUAUGAAAUUACCUUGGUGCUAACUUGUGAGUUAUUGACUAUUACAAAAGAGUUAGUAUCCAUAAUCCAAUAGUCCUUCCUCCUACUACUGAAACCAGAAAUCGUACACUUUUCUUCUGAACUGUUCUCGACUUUCUUAUGAUGUGAAUAUAGGACUUAUAGAAUAGGAAGAGCAAUGAUGUCUCGAACGUUAAUACAGUAGACAUGAUUCAAAGGAAGUUUGGAGCAAUAGAUAUGAACUCUGCUAGUGUGGUAGAUCUUUUGAUUCAUUUUGAUGUUUGUAUUUUGAAGGCCUACAAAGAUCAUAAUACCUAUUCCUUUUCUUUUUCUUGGUA